AUGUCUGGUCCCACAUCGUUCGAUAUGGUGGGGUCAUCUCCCAGUAUGCCAGUAGCAUUCACCUCUUUCUUGGCUUCAUCGAUGUCGGACGAUGAUGAUGAAGGGCAAGACUUACUGACCUCUGUAUCGAAUUCCGAACCUAUGGCAGAAAGACAUUCUCAUGUAGGCUUAACUGCGCAGUCAUUCACGAAAUGUAGGUUGUGCAAAAAAGCCUUCUCCGACAGCAGCACCCUAACGAAACACCUCCGGAUACACAGCGGCGAGAAACCGUACGAGUGCAAACUGUGCCUGUUGCGAUUCAGCCAAAGUGGAAACCUGAACAGGCACAUGCGCGUCCAUGGCAGCACGGGGACAGCAACCGUCUCCAGUGCAUUGGGGAUUAAUCACAGUUUGCAGAAGAUUUAA